UCAACGUUCUAUCCCUCCCACCCGCGCGCCCUUACUAGCAUUUAUAUAGUGGUGCCUGGACGCGGGCUGGGGAGUCAGCUCGUUGCACUUAUUUCAACUCCAAUCAACCCAAGUGAAUUCGGACCUGGCAGCCCAUCCCCUCCCCCCUCGGAGCCUUAGUCGUGGCUAUACCAAUUCUUCUUUAGUAACGCAGGAUCUUCCCGGUCCUCUCGGACAAGCUACAAACUGGAUCUCGAAAUGUCUGCCACCCUUUUAUCUGCCUUCUACGACAUUGACUUGUUCUGCAAGAAUGAGAAAGUCCUGAACAAUCUGAACUUGAGCAGCAUGCUGGACAAGAAGGCGGUGGGCAGCCCGGUGACUAGCCCAAACUCCAGCCUGAUCCCGGGCUUCCUGCGCAGACACUCGGCCAGCAACUUGCAGUCUCUGGCCAACAACAAUAAUUCGUCCCCCAAGUUCUGCAACAACAACCUCAAGGAGUCCUCGGUAGUCAGCAGCACCACCGCCCUGCUGAACAAAGAGAACAAGUUCCGGGACCGCUCGUUCAGCGAAAAUGGGGAGCGAAGCCAACAUCUCAUGCACCUCCAGCAGCAGCAACAGCAGCAGAAGUCCGGGGCACAGAUCAACUCCACCCGCUACAAGACUGAGCUGUGCCGGCCUUUUGAGGAAAGUGGCACCUGCAAGUAUGGAGAGAAGUGCCAGUUUGCCCACGGCUUCCAUGAGCUGCGCAGCCUGACCCGGCAUCCAAAGUACAAGACGGAGCUGUGCCGUACCUUCCACACUAUUGGUUUCUGUCCUUAUGGUCCCCGCUGCCACUUCAUACACAAUGCAGAAGAAAGGAGGCAGGCACCUGGUGGAGGGGGCUCUCCUACUGAUUGCUUCAAUGGCCAGCGCCCCAAGCUGCACCAUAGCCUCAGUUUUUCUGGCUUCCCCAACCACAGCCUGGACUCCCCUCUGCUGGAGAGCCCAACUUCCCGUACCCCACCUCCACAGCCCUCCAACUCCUUGUACUGUGAUGAAGCUGUGCCCUGUGCCAACAAUGCCUUCACCUUCUCUGGCCAGGAGCUGAGCCUCAUCACCCCACUGGCUAUCCAGACCCACAACCUCUCCGGCUACAACAACCCUGCAGCCUACUGCCGUCAGCAGCCACAAUCCUCCUCCAACUCUCCCCCACCGACCCUCAACUUCCAACCCCUGAGGCGUCUCUCCGAGUCUCCGGUGUUUGAUGCCCCACCAAGCCCACCCGACUCUCUCUCUGACCGGGAGAGCUACUUGAGCGGCUCCCUGAGCUCUGGCAGCCUGAGUGGAUCCGAUUCCCCCACCCUGGACUCGAACCGGCGCCUGCCAAUCUUCAGCAGGCUGUCCAUCUCCGAUGACUGAGCCACCACCGCCCCCUGCCUAUAGGGGCUACUCUGGACUGGGGAGGCAAAUGCUACCCAGGCUGGUAUGAGUUAUUUUUCUUUUCCUUUGUUUUAAUGAUAUGGGCUUCAUAGCCACCUGUCUAAUAACAGAGGGCGGUGCUGCAAAGCACACAGCUGCUGCAGAACCUCUCUUUUAAAGAAAGAUUUAAAGGGCAAGUACUGCCCGGCUCUUGGUCAUGUUGAUUGUCAUGUUUCUUUAAAUGGCAGAGCAGUGUAAUUGCUCUGCUGCACUAGAGGUUAUGUGGCAGCUGGUGGUCUUUGGGCUCCACAAACUGCCCUGGCGAAUGGACUAUAAAGGGGUUUAUUGCCCACCCUGCCUUUAAGUACAGUGGAAGUGUCAGGGGACAGUUUUUUGCCCCCCUGUAUUUUGUCACGAAAGCUGCCAGUCUGUCCCCGCACCUCCCCUCGAUAUGUGCUAGAGACUCAGGAGGGUGAAAAAGGAGAGAGGGAGGAUGACCCAACUCUACAGCAAUUGUAAUUACAGCAAAGGACUUAACACUUGAACUAUUUGAAGCUGGCACUCAAGAUGUUCCCUGUAUUAUUAUUAUUAUUAUUAUUAUUGUUGUUGUUGUUGUUAAUUUUUUUGUUUUUUUUUGCCUUUUGUGCCUCUGCCAAUUUUUAUUUAAUGAAAAGCAGAGUCGGAAAAAGACUCGUGGAAAAAAAAUCCUGAAAGCUGAACAAAAAAAGAAAAACCUUACUCGCAAAAGGGCAAAACUUAACAAAUAGAACAAAACUAUUUUUAUAGAACUGUGGGGGUUAGCGGGUGGGAUGUCUCUUUUUUUUUUUGGGGGGGGGGGGGGGGCGGGGGAUAGUUUUAUGCACCAGCAGGCAUUCCAUCUCUUGAAGCAUUAGCACAGCAAACUUGGGGAAGGACACUUUACCUUUUUUCUCCCAAGGGUUUAAUAAUAAAACACGACAGUCCAGUUGGAAAAAAAGAGAGAAAAAAAACUUUAAAUAAAAAAAACUUAAUAAGCUUUUUAAAAUUUCACCAUCCUGCCGAGAAUAUGCCUUAACAACAAGCAACCCUCUAAGAUGUCUAUUUCUUUAGCUUAACAUGUACUAAAAAAAACUUUUCAUUCCAAAGUUUAACAUCAGUUCCAUUUCCAUUUGCUUAGUGGGCUGUUAGCUUAGAACAAUUUUUGUUCCUCUAUUUUUGGAAGCACUCAGUUAGUUUAUAAUUGUUGAAUAACUGCUGAAUUUUUUUUGUUUUUUUUUGUUUUUUUUUUAUUAUAUUAUUAUUUUAGCUGUCUGAGUUGCUUGCCUGUCACUGCACACAACUCAAUAUGAAACUAUUUAACUUAUUUAUUAUCUUGUGAAAAAUAUACAUUGAAUAAUUUGUUCAUACUGUAUUUAUCUGGUAUGAUGAAAAGCAAUAGAUAUAUAUUCUUUUAUUACGUUUAAAUUAUGAUUGCCAUUAUUAAUCUGCAAAAAAAAAAAAAAUGUUGAGUGUAUGUUCUUUUCACAGUAAUAUAUGCCUUUUUUUUGUAACUUCACCUGUUUUAUUUUAUUGUAAAUGAGUAAAAUCUUAAUUUAAGAGAUUGUAUGUAAUAUUUAUUUCAUUAAUUCCUUUUUCCUUGUUUACGUUAAUAAAACAAAAAAGAAAAAAAAAAAAGAAUUGAAUGGUUUCUGUUAAGAAAUCUCAAGUGCUGUGGAAGAAGUUUGAGGAAUUUUUUUUUUUUGUAUGGAUAAUUAUUAUUUUUUUCUCCUCCCCACUUAUUUUAUUCCCACCCCCUAUUUUCAUGAUAUUCUUGUUAGCCCGUCCAAAAGAGCUAAGAAAAAGCAUUAUGAUUUGACUUGAGUGACUCACUCAGAAUUUCCAUUAUUUUUAUUAUUUUAUAUAUAUUUUUUCCUCUUUUUUUUUUUUAUUUCUAUAUAUUUUUAUUUUUUUUGGUCUAUUUCCACCGCUAUCACUGUGAUGCUAUGUAGCAAUAAUUUGGGUCCCAGUAUUAUAUUUCACAGUGCCUUUUUGAAGAGUUCACACUUGCCUUAAAUGUUUCUCAACCAAAAAAGUAUUGUGUAAAGGUGUGAUGAUGAAUUGAAUGUAGGGAUGGGAUUUUGUUUCUUACCACUCUUUAAUUUAAAGGCCACAUUUUGCAUCUGAAACUUCAUGCAGUACAUGCAAGUGUCUUAAAUUUUUCUAAAUCAAAAAAAGCCAAACGUUUUUACAUUUCAUUUGCCUAGAUGGUAAAUGGCAGAAACGUAGCUUUUUAUUUAUUUGUUUAUUUCCCCUCCCUUCUCCUCCCCCCCCCCCCUUAAACUUUUUUAUUUUUUGAUUUUUCUUCCCUUCAUUCCCCCUUUGUACAUAGUAGGUACCGACUGAGCACUAUGUACUUUUUUUUUUUUUCUUUAUUUCUGAACUACUUUAACCGAAUUUUUUUUUUCUCCUGAAUGUAACGAAAAGGAUGAGUUGACUAUAAUUAUAUGUACAUAUAAUUAGUCGGUUCACUAAGAAUUGUGAGACUGUAAAAUUUGUACUGUAAAUGUUUUGUAGUUCUCCCAAUAAAUUUUUGGAAAUAAAAAAAAAAAGCA